ACAAGCAGGGAUGUAAACUUUGGAGCUCCCAACUAUUCUGCUCCUGUUUCUACCAACCUUCUCCCCGAAUGUUCAGAGGAGCAUAGCAUGCCAUGGUAAAAGCAGAACAGAGAGGUAAAGCACAAAUGGUAUAAGAUCUUUGAGACAACUCAGGUUCAGUGCGGACUUCCCGACCUCACAGACUGCUGCCUUACGUGGAAGCUGAGCAACAGUCUUCAGGUCCAUGCCACACUGGCAGCAGCAGCAUGCGCCCUCAGCACAGCCAACCUUACUACCCUUCACUGUAAUCUGGAGCCCAGAAUGAGUCUGGCCUGAAAUUAGACCAGGUACUAAAGAAAACCUUCUUUGUUAAUGGAAAGAGGAAAAGAGAAAAAGAUUUCCAACCAGCUGCAACAAAUGUUCUGCCGCUCUAAGGAGCCUACCUUCUUUAUUGACCAAGCUGUGCUGUCUCCUGACUCCUACUCUAACCUUUUGCCAGAAGUAGAGUGUAUCAAUCCCAUUGAAAAACUAAAGACAAGUACUCAGCCAAAUAGACCUGGAACAGUAAUACUUUCAAAACAGUCUAGUAGAACUAUGUCUGAAGGCCAGCCUCAUCCCCCAGUAAUACUGUCCCGCAGGCCUGGGCUCCGGAUAUGCUACAUCUGUGGCAGAGAAUUUGGGUCACAGUCACUUGCCAUUCAUGAGCCCCAGUGCUUGGAGAAGUGGCGUAUUGAAAACAGCAAGUUACCGAAGCACCUGAGGAGGCCAGAACCCUCCAAAUCACAGCCCGGCAGUGGCAGUGGGACCUACAGUGUUCAGGCAGCAAAUGAGGCAGCGUUCCAGAGUGCCCAGGCCCAGCUGGUGCCAUGUCAGUCCUGUGGCCGCACAUUCUUGCCAGAUCGUCUCCUUGCUCACCAGAGAAGCUGCAGGCCAAAGGGUGAGGGUCCCAGAACAUCAAACCUCAACAGUUCUGACAAUCUUACUAGCUUCAGGAAAAUGUCUAGUGGUAUCCCAGCCAGACCAAGGACUCUCACCUGCUACAUUUGUGGGAGGGAAUUUGGCACUCUGUCCCUUCCUAUUCAUGAGCCCAAAUGCCUACAAAAGUGGAAAAUGGAAAACGACCGGCUCCCCAAGGAGCAUCGCCAGGCACCCCCACAGAAGCUUGAGACCCUUGCGUCUAUACAGUCUAGCAAAGAAGGCUCAAACCACACCCAGCUUGUGUCCUGCAUAAACUAUAGCCAGACCUUUGCCCCCAGUGACCUUCAGGAACAACAGAGAAGUUGUAAAGCUCAACCUGCUGUACCAAAAGUUCAGAAUUUGGACUUAAGGAGCAAAAGUAACCUAAAUACUCCCACCAGUUCUGAGCAGCAAAAGAACAUGGCAACACCCAGUAUACCUAGUAAGUCAACAAUGAUAAGGCGUCCACCAACAGUUGUUUGUUACAUCUGUGGUCGUGAAUAUGGAACAAAGUCCAUUAGCAUCCAUGAACCACAAUGCCUAAAAAAGUGGCAAAAUGAAAACAACUUGUUGCCUAAAGAACUAAGGAGACCAGAACCUAAAAAACCAGAAGUCAGGACCAUUACCGCCAAAGGGUUCUAUGAUCUCGAGGCCUUAAAUGAAGCUGCUUGGACAAGUGCCCAGAGCCAGUUGGUUCCCUGCACUACUUGUGGGCGGACCUUCCUGCCAGACAGACUGAUUGUUCACAAGCGAUCUUGUAAACCAAAAUCUGCCAAGUAA